AUGGCAGAUAUCAAAGAAAUGAGAUUGUUCUCAGCUGAACAAAUUUCAGUCCCUGAAGAGUUACCAUUGAUUUUAAAGAACUACUCAAAAGAAGUGAUUAGGAAUAACCCUAGCGAUAUCAUAGCGUUUUCUGCAAAGUACUUUGAGACACUAAGAGAAGAGCAGAAAAGACAUGUUGACACUAUUGCGAGACCUAAAUAA